CCACUUUCUUCUCCAAUUUCAGUGUUCCCGGGAGAAAUCAUGGAUGAAAAGCUGUCCUACAAGGAGUUCCUCGACCGCAAUGACACGUGGGCCAUGGAUGACAGAGAUCUGUGCUUUGAGCCACAGCCUGUGUUCAAACCCAUGGAGAUGGCAGACCCCUUUGGUGUGCACCGAGCAGAGAACCUGCCAGACCUGUCCUUUCCUCCUGAUAUGAAGAAUGUGCAGCUCUUCACAGACCAUGCUGACGCUUCCACAGAAAUCCAUGUGCCACAUGGGUCUGUGAUGGUGCCCCAGCAACCUUUCCUGGGGUCCCCCUAUUGCCCUGCAGAGGUCUUGGACCCGUCAGCCUUCAUGGGCCUUGAUUCAGCUGCACAGUUUCUGCAAGACAAAGCAGUGCCUGAAGAUCAUUGGAUGGGAGCUCAGCAUUACGCAAAGGGACCGGAUGCCUCUUUCUUUGCCGAGCCCCCAGUGCCCCCCACAGCCCUGGAAGCAGAAGUGCUGACUGUGCCGGAGUGCCCUGCAGCAGCAGCUCCUUACUUUGUUCCUACGGCGUUAGCAGCAUCUCCAGCAGAGGCCGAAGCUGCCGAGGCACCACAAGCAGAUGCUGAGAAUGUUGUUGCCUCGGAUGCAGAGCAAGCUGGGCCCGUCCUGGCAGGGGACACGAAGCCUCCUCAUGCUGUGGAUGCUGGAUCUGUGCCUCCAGCAGAAGCUGAGCCCCCCCAGGGCACGGAUCUGGGCUUUGCCCCUGCAGCAGAGGCCAAACCUCCCAGUGCUGCUGCUGCAUCCACCCCAGUGCUGGAUGCUGCCUGGAGCCCAGCUGCAGACGCUCAGCCCCAUUGCGCCGUGGAUUUGGAGUUCUCCCCAGCAGCAGAUAUGGAUCCUCACCAUGCUGUGGAUCUGACAUUUGCCCCUGCAGCUGAUGCUGAGUCUCAUCGUGCUGCAGAUUCGGAGUUUACCUUUCCAGCAGAAGCAGACCAUCUUCACGCUAUGGAUUCCAGCACUGCUCCAGCACUGGAUGCCAAACCUUCUCCUGUAGAUUCAAGUUUUGUCUCUGCACCAGAAGCAAAGUCUGUCUGUGCAGCUGACACUGAAGUCACUGCAGUGGAAGAGCUGGUGACAUCCGAGCCCUCUGCUGAGUGUGACAAGUCCCCCUCCCAAGAAGCUCCUGCAGAAACAACUGUAAGCAUGGAACAAGAACCAAAAGCCCCCGAGGGUUAUGUUGAUGUUUCAUUAGAGAAAGUGAAGGACGGCUCACCGUCUGCCAGCCACCACGCUGAGCACCUUCCAGCACCAACCAACCACGUCCCAGAACCCACAGUUCCAGUAGAAACAAAAGAAGACACAGCGCUAGAAAACAAAGAGCUCCCUUCAGAGCAGAGUGUCACUGCUGUGGAUGUGCCUGCAAUGGAGCAGCGGAAGGAGGAGGCUGAGCAGAACCACAUCCAGCACACGGAGCCCCCGCAAGAAGCAGCCCUGCGAGAGCCUGCAGGUCCGCCUCCUGCACAAAUGAGGCAAGCUAACAAACCGAGUGGACGCGGGGUUGGCCGAGCGCAGCCUGCCCUGCUGCCCACUGCAGAUGGAGCAGAGGAGCACCCCGUAGGUCCCCCGCAGCAGAAGAGCUCUGAGCCUGGAGCAGAGCAGCGCUGUGCUGCAGAGCUGCCGUGCGCUGCCGGAGCUGCCCUGCAUGGCACGGCUGCAGCCAGGAGGGCGGCGGAGCCUCUCCCAGAGCUCAGGCAGAGCUGCAGAGAUGCGCCGCGGGAGAGCUGGGAUAUGGAAGGAGCUCUGGCCAUGGGCAAGAAGAAGAAAAAGAAACCGAAGCAAAGGAGGAACCAUCUGCCAAGAGCCGUGGAGUUCUGGGAUGAAAACACGGCGGUCUGCAGAGCUCCUAAGAGUUCUCCGUUAGCUGUUGAGGUGCAGAAAGCAGCCGUUGGGCCCGGCGCGCAUGCAGAGCUGUUGGUUGCCUCAGGAAACAGAGCUUCAGAUGUGCCAAAGGAUGCUGCAGUAAUGACUGGGAGUCACAUCCUGGAUGAUCCAAAGGGCCGUGUCGUGCCAGCGCCGGGCCGGCAGGGCACCAAGAGCAGCGCGCCGUUCAGAUCAGUGCUGGAUGAGAAAAACAGAGACAUCACGAGAGCAGAGGAAAUGAGAGCUGACAGCUCGAUGGUGCAGUGCGAAGGGAAAGGAAAGGUGCCCUCAGAGCAGAGAGGAGAGGCUGAGGUGGGGGAGCCCAUAGCAGCAGAGGUGCCAGCCACGUCUGUGGGAAGAUUUCCUGAUAGAGAUGGGAAGAGGGAGGGUGGGGAGCCAGCGUGGGCUGAGCUGAAGGCAUCUCCUUCAGCAGCCAUCGAUACAAGCAAGGUAGAAACUCCUUCAGAGAUUAAACCUUCCCAAAUUCUCCCUUCUGAUAAAGGUAAGGAUGCUAAGGGUGUACCUCCCAAGCACAGAGCACCCAGUGACACCAGCUGCGAGCUUCAGGCUUCCAAAGGGUCACUGGGAGAAGCAGCGCAGGAGAGUGGUGAGCAAAACAAAGGGCUGAGCAAUGGAUCCUUCCAGGCACCUCCUCCAGCCCCAUCCACCCUGCUUCCCAACAAGCCAAGGGCAGCAGAUGGAGCUAAGCUGGCAUCCCCCAGUGAGCGCGAGGCCGUUGGCUUAAGUACUUCUGAGGGAGUACUGAAGAGCCCAGCAGAUGCCACCAAAGUGUCUGUUACACCAUUAAUGGCUCAGAACCCCGAGGAAGGCUCUGCUCUGCAGAACAGGAAGGCUGAUGGUUCUGAGCAGCCAGCUCGAAUGGAAGGCAGAGCUGCUCCUGCUGAGGCAGCACACGGAGGUACAGCAGCGUAUUCCCCUGACAGAAACAAAGGGAAUGGGUUUAUUGCAGAGGAGCAGCAGACUGGAAGAGACCUCGGUGUUGCACACGGGAUGGACAGACCUAAAAAAAAGCGCAGUGAAGGGAAAGGCAGAAAAGUGAGAGGUUUCUCUGAGGGUCUGGAGGAUGUGGGCACUGAUGGAGUGAGGAUGGGGGAGGUGAUGAGGGAAAGGCCUUUCCCUGAUAAAGGCAGGGAGGGAGGUUAUUCUGCCAGGGGACACUGGGCAGACAAGCCCAAAAAGAGAGGUAACGAUGGGAGGAGUAAAAAAGGAGAAAAAAGCUUUUUCCAGCAGCCUUUUGUGGAGAGUAAGAUGGGCCUUAAUAGCUCUCCUGACAGAGCUGGCACAGCUCAGGAGGUCAGCCAUGAGAGGGGCUGUGUCACUGCUGUGUGCUUCCAGGAGAACACGUUGGAUGUAAGUGCAGCACAAAGGCCCAUUGAGGGAGUAACAGAGGAGCCCAGAGAAAAUGCUGGGAAAUGUGAGAUGGCUGAGCUGGGGGCUUUGGGCCAACAGUUCCUUCCAGCGGGUAGGAGAGAUGAUACAAAGCAUCUCGCCGUGGCUGACACCGUCAGCAAAACAAAGGAGGUCAAUGUUGUGGGUGAGGGCAGAGAGGCUGGAGAUGCUUCUCCAGGUGGAUGGGUUGGGGUGGGUUCUGAUGCAGACAAACGUAGGAAAAGGUGUAGUGAUGGGAAAAGGAAAAGGAGUGAGAAAGGGCCUUCUGGGCUGACGGCUGUCCUGGACACUGGGGUGGGAGCUCUUCCAAGCAAAGAGAAGGGCACUGGGGAAACGAAGGCAAUGGCCUCUGGGAAAGAGAAGGUGCCUGGUUCUGAAAGAGGGGUUUUGCUGGAGAACGUGGCAGCUGUAGCGAAGGAGGUGUUGGAAAAGCCCGAAGGAGAGGGUCAAAGUUCCUCUCAUCAGCCAGUUCUUCCAGGCCAUAAAACAGAGCCAGAAAUAGGCGAUGCUAAUGAAACGUGGCGCAGUGCUAAGUGCAAGGAGACAGAUGUCCAUCCAGCAGAGCACAGGGCAGACACAGUGAUGGCACCUGGUCCCACCGCGGAGAUGGAGGCAGACAGACCUGAGGAAAAAGGCAGAGGGACGAAAGGCAGAGAGGCUGAGGGCGGCCGUGGGCAGUCUGUAGCACCAGGUCUGGGUAUUAUCCCUGCCGUGGGUGGAGAGGUGGGAAAUGCUCAACAAGUUCAGCCUAAAGAGAACAAUUUCAGUGCUUCAGUAGGUCUGCCAGGUGACACAAGUGAUGCUACUACAGCAGCAGCUUGUGCUUUACCUCUGGAGCCAGAGAAGCUGAGCACAAGGGAUAAAGAGAGAUGCCAAGGGGCAGAGGUUGGCCCAGAGCUCCUCCUGGAGCCCAGCACAGGAGCGGAGUUGUGUCCUCCCCCUGGCAGCAGGGCAGUCAGCCUUCCUGGUGCAGAGCAUCCUGCAGAGGUGGAUCGCAGCUCAUCCGAGAGAUCUAAAAAGAGAGGUAGCGAGGGAGGAGGUAAAAAGCCCAAGGCUGGUCCUGAGCAGCCACCCGUGGGGCCUGAGAUGGAGUCUGGGAUGGAAGAAAUGGGCUUUGUAGAUGAGAACAGAAAUAUUAGUUUCCCCAUCGGCCCUCAAACGCUUUGGGAUAAUCAGGGAAACCACGUGGAGUCCUUGGCCUGGGGGGCGCAUGGGGGGCUGCCUUCAGCUGGAGUGGCAGUGGAGGAGAGCAGCAAGGAGCCCGGAUCCGGCGAUGGGAAGGAGGUGUGCAGCCAAGCACUGCCUGUGCAACCCAUGGGUGUGGGGCACGAAGAGCCUGGGAAAGAGGGGCCAAAGAAAGGGGAGCAUGGAGCCAAAGAGCGGUUGGAGGCAGAUGCACCGCUUUCUUCUGCUCGUUCAGCACAGCGAGGCGUUCAGUCAAGAAAGGAUGAAGUUCUGCUUUCUCCUGUGGUGAAGGCGGAUGAUAAAGGGACUGAUAAAAAGCAAAGCGGUGCCAGCACUGCCUCUGCCCUUCCCCGGGAGGAGGUGGACGCACAGCACUGCCCGGCACCCAACGGUGCCCGAGGGGUGGGGGAAGAAGGAGGGGUCCCCUCUGGGGAGAAGGGUGCCGUGGCAGUUGGGAGUGGAGCGUUGCAGGCUGCAGUGGAAGGGCUGAUGGGGAAGGACAGCGGGGGGAACGGCGUGGGUGCAGCCAUGGAGAGCAGCCAGAGCCCGCCUGGGUGGGGAGCUGAAGUAGAGGCACCUGCUGUGGGUCCGACUGCUGCCCCAACAUCCCACACCCACCCCGAGGAUGGCGGCGACGUUCAGCGCCGAACCGCAGAAGGCGAUGCUGGAGCAGCCCGCCCUGCUCAGGAACAAGAAGAACCCGACCCAAGAGCUGCCCCAGAGGCAAAGAAAGAGCGAGCGAAAGGCGCGGAGCAGCUGAAGGGCUACAUGAGACCCACCAAGGCCAGAGGGCAGCCCGCGCUGCCGGCCCGGCCCGCUGCUCCGGAUGGGGAGAAGCAGAGGCAGCUGAGAGGCAGCGCUGUGAGCCGGCCCAGGCAAGGCAAAGGUGUGUGCGUGUGAUGGGCUGGCAGCAAAACCUGGAGCUUGCGUGCGAGCAUCGCUGCUCGGCGGCAUGACCACGUCACCUUAAUCCUCGGUGGCACCAGCGAGCGGGGCAUGAGCGGUGUGUUGGCUGAUCCUAAAAGGCUGCUGGUUCUGCUUGCCUGGCGCACAGUGCUAAUUCCCAAACCUUAAAAGAUUCACAGUCUGGUCUGAGUUCCAGAACUCAAUGAUUUUUUAAUUCGUUCCGAGUUGAUUUUCCGUAUAAAUUUUGUAGCACUCUGAAUUUUGAAGCAAACUUGCACUUCUCGGUGUUAAGUUCCAUUAGCUUCUCCUCACCGGAGACCAAAAGUGGCAUCCGUGUGGGAUGCUGCAGUGAACCGUCGCCGUCACUGCGCAGCAUCGGUGCCACCAAAGGGCAGGAGCUGCACAUUCCCACGGCAGGGAACGUUCCCUCUCGCUGUCACGUUAUGGGGUUUGGUUUUAAUGCCCCUCCGGGCCAAGCGCAGCCAUCUGCUCCCCUCCUGCAGCUGGUCUGUGGCUUUGCCUGAAGGCGCCUCGAGCAUCUCUGUACAAAGCACCUCCUGCCAGAGCAACCACUGUGCUGGAGCAGAGCAGAACAGCAGAACCCCGCGCUGAUGGGCUUUGGGACUCUCCGCUGAGGAUGGACUGGAGGGGUUGGUGCUGUUUGCCUGGCUGCUGACCAAGGAACAGAUGGCAUUAAUUUCACAGAGUGAAAGGAAGUUCCUGGGAACUUCAGAACGGAGACUGUAGUCACGAUACAGAUGGUGUGUCAAAUAACACCCUGGGUUUUCUGCUCAGCCCGAGCCUUCCUCGGGAGAAAUUGGUGUCUGGGGAUCACAGAGGUCGGGUGCCUCAUCCCCAAUCCUUCUGCCUUGUCAUCAGGCGUGGAAGUUGGGUCUGUUCCUGCAGAGUUCCUCGCUGCCAGUUUGCAUGAUGCAGUCACUAACUUAACAACCGUCGAGCUCGAGUGCGCCUUAACAUGCUGGUCAGGUUGUGGAGAGGUUCUGUAAUUUUAAUGAGCGUUGCAUAACCCAAAGUAGUUCUAUUUUGGUGGAAGUGGUGUUCUCUGCAUGAACUUGUGCCUGCAGAAGUAAUGUUCUUUGGUGCAUGAUGCUACAAAAUGGGAAAGCUAAAGACAGCGUCAUCCUUUUUAUAGAGAUGUGUGUGUGUCUAACCUUUCCAUCAUCUGCUGGAAGUUGUUAUUUUCCUUGCUAAUGGGGUGCUGUCCUGGUAGGAGACCCAUGCAAAAAAGGAACUGGAGGAGCACAUCAGGUAAAUGCAGGUGGUGCAGCAGGGGCUCUUCCAUUUCCUUCUGCUGCUGCUCAGUGAGUGGCAACAGGGCAGCGAUGCCUGAGCUGAGUCCCCAUGUGGAGUAUGAGGGGUGUAGAUUGCCUUAGGCUGCAUCAGAGGAUGAGUGAGGGCAUGCAUCACUUGAAUGCAAGUCAGAAAUGGAAAUCAGGGAAGGGAAAGUGUUGAGAUUCAAGACCGUGAACGUAUGUGCUGCUUUGCUGGAUAGAGAAGGAAUUGAAGAGAGCCAAGAGAUGGUAUGGUUGUCCAAACGUUUAUGAGGCUGAUGGGCCGUGGGCUGUACAUGCUGAUGGGGUCAGGGGUUGUACUCAGCAAUGGGGCCAUGGGUUGUGCUUGAUGGUGGGGCCAUGGGAUGUGGUUGGUGAUGGAGCCAAGGUUUGUACUCACCAGUGGGGCCGUGGUUGAUGAUGGGGCUGUGGGUUUUACUUGGGUAGUACUUGCCUUCUACCUGCUGCUUCAUUCUCCUGUUAAGAUACUCAGCAGACCAUGGGCAGCACUCUGUGUGUUAGGUGGGACUGUGAAGCUGACACUUGGCAACAUCUAACAGAGAAUCGUAGAAUAACACAUCCUGAGUUGGACCAUCUGCACACGGGAGCUGCUUUGUUGCCCCAGGGGGCGAACAGUGAUGCGUGACCAGAAUAAUGUGGAUAUUCUGGACAAUCUUCUGCUGAGGUUUGGUAACUGAAAUCUCUUCAGAGACAGGCUGAAGUCUCACACUGUGUUCUAGAAUAACAGGACGGCGCUCCAAAAUGCAUCAGCUCCUGCAUGAACUGCUAAAAUAGGUCUGGGCUCGGUGAUACGGCUCCCUGGGGAGCCAUGGCAACAGUGAUGCUGCAGAUUUCUUGCUGAUGAAGUUGUGUGUCGUGGAUUAACUCUCCCUACAAACUUCUGUAUAUAUAUAUUUUUAAUAUUUUUUAAUUUCAACAGCGAUUUAAAGUGAGGAAACAUCAGGAUGUAGCUCUGUUCGUGCAGUUUGAAUUUGAUCUGUUGUGCAUCUUUUGCAUCUGUUUCGGCCUCUUGUUUUUGUUGUUGCCAACGUAAGAGCUGCCCCAGAUUCUUCUGCAAAACUGCUUUGUGCCCUUGGAUGUUGGGGGCAGCUGAUGAUCAGAGUUCAGUGCUUCCACAGUCUCCACUCAUCCCUACAGGGGCUGCAGUUCUCCUGUGGGACCCCAGGCUGUAAUUGGGUUUGUCCUAAUGAGGAACGGAACGCGCUGGGCUGCCACCUCUGUGCUUGGGGACGUGUCCUUAACAACAGAGCUGCUCUGUAACGGUGCUUUCUUAACUAUCAGGAUAACAUCACACCACGUUAAUGAAGCCAUGGGUUGUGCUCACCUGUGGGGCCAUGAGCUGUGUUUGAUGAUUUGCUAAUUAUCCCAGGUAGUUGUAGGAGGUGGAAGCAAGGCAAUGGCACCAGCCAGUUCUCCUGUCAGCCCUAAACGUGUUUAUGAAGCAACAAGAGAACUUUGCUCUUACCUCCUUUUCCUCCAAAAAGCACCGGUGUGUAUUCAGUUCUGUUCACGGGGAUAUCAGUUCCAGUGUUAAUGAAGAGGUGAAUAUAGAAGGCAAUGUAGCAGGCUGCUAGGGAUCCAGAGGCCCCUCUGUGUGCUGUUUCUCAGUUUGUAGCUCCAAAGGUGUUCCUAUGAGGAUGUGCUCCUGUAAGGUUGUGUCCCUGCAGGCACCCAAGGGCAGGGGGUGGGCUCUGAGCACCGAUGGGGCUGUGGGUGCCCCUGUGCACUGCAUGGAGUG